AUGCCUCUCCAGACCGGUGACAGCUUCCCCUCGGAUGUGACCUUCUCCUACAUCCCUUGGUCCGAGGACAAGGGCGAGAUCACCUCGUGCGGUAUCCCCAUCAACUACCACGCCUCCAAGGAGUGGGCCGACAAGAAGGUCAUCCUCUUCGCCCUGCCCGGUGCUUUCACCCCCGUCUGCUCCGCCAACCACGUCCCCGAGUACAUCCAGAAGCUGCCCGAGAUCCGCGCCAAGGGUGUUGACGUUGUUGCCGUCCUCGCCUACAACGAUGCUUUCGUCAUGAGCGCCUGGGGCAAGGCCAACGGUGUCACCGGCGAUGACAUUCUGUUCCUCUCCGACCCCGAGGCCGCCUUCUCCAAGAGCAUCGGCUGGGCCGACGAGGAGGGCCGUACCUACCGCUACGCCAUCGUCCUCGACCACGGCAAGGUCACCUACGCCGCCAAGGAGACUGCCCGCAACUCCCUCGAUGUCUCGAGCGCCGAAACCGUCUUCAAGCACCUGUAA